AUGAAGAGAGUAAGGGAUGAGGCUCCUCCAAAGAAAACGGUUGAAUUUGAAGAAGCUAUUAGUUUUGUGAACAAGAUAAAGAAACGAUUCCAAAGUGAUGAGCAUGUUUACAAAUCGUUCUUGAACAUUUCCAAUAUGUACCGCAAAGAGCAUAAGGACAUAGGUGAAAUUUAUAGUGAGGUUGCUACCCUGUUUAAGGAUCAUCGAGAUUUGCUUGAGGAGUUCACUAGAUUCUUACCAGAUAGUUUCGCAGCACCUUCUACACAGCAUGCUCCGGAUGCUCGAAAUUCAUUGCAGCGCUUUAGUGAGCGGAGUUCUAUGGCACCCAUGAUGCGGCAAAUGCAAGUAUAUCGACGAAAGAGGCUUCCUUCUCAUGAUCGUGAGCGUGAUCUGAGUGUUGAACACCCUGAGAUGGAUGAUGACAACACAAUGAUGAACAUGCACAAGAAGCGGAGGAAACGUGAGAGUAAGGAUAUGAGGAUUAAUCGUGAUCAGGAUGAGAGAGAACCUGAUCAUAUAAAUGCUCAACAAUUUCUUGAGCGCUUUCAUGAGAAAAAGAAAUCUGUCAAGAAAGCUGAAGGUUUUGGGUUGGCUUCAGACUUUUCUUCUAAGGAAGACAAGGAUACCUUAAAGAACAUGUAUAGUCAAGCAUUCAGUUUCUUUGAGAAAGUUAAGGAGAAGUUGAACAGUGCUGAUGACUACCAAGCUUUCUUGAAGUGCCUUCAUAAUUUUUUCAUAGACUCAGCUGGUUCCUACAAGAGUAGGGUGGCGGGUUUUGCCACUGCUCCUCCUUGUGGGACAUUGUCUCUGAAGAAGGGGGAUGAGACUGUUUACAGGGAGGUGGAGAUAAUGCAGCACUUGUCUGGGCAUCCUGGGGUUGUGACUCUGCUGGCAGUGUAUGAGGAAGCUGAUUGCUCUCAUCUGGUGAUGGAAUUGUGCUCUGGGGGAAGACUUGUCGACCAGAUGUUUAGGGAGGGCCCUUGUUCUGAACAGCGGGCUGCUAAUAUACUUAAGGAAGUGAUGUUGGUCAUCAAGUAUUGUCAUGAUAUGGGAGUUGUGCACAGAGAUAUCAAGCCUGAGAAUAUUCUGCUUACUGCUUCGGGGGAAAUAAAGCUUGCUGAUUUUGGCCUGGCCAUGAGAAUUUCUAAGGGACAUCCAUGGAUAUCUUUCUACACAGAACAUACAUUGAAGAUCCUGCCCGUUGAAUCAAAGUUGAAGCACCAAAAUGGAGCUGCUUGCCACAACUUUGUUGCUGCACCUGAACCUAGGUUAGGAAGAAACAGGAUGGAUGAUGGGUUCCUUAAUGAUGUUUCAAGCCUUUCUUCAUCAUCUGAAAGUUGCAAUUAA